ACACUUGGAACCUCCUGUAUCUGCGUCUGUGUGCUUUAAGAGGUGGUGGUUGGGGCUUGUGAGGAGACUCGUGCAGACCUUGUAAGCUCGAAACUUUCUAACCGAGGACUGCAACCUCAGCCGGAGUUGGUUCAGCGCUGUCUCCGAGAUGUUCGAAGAUCGUCGUUGGGGUCUCUUUAAGCGUAACCUGCAACCCACCAUCACUCUCUGGAGCGCUUUCUGCUCUUUUGGGCUGUGCAUGGCUUUCCUGGGACCAACGCUACUGGACCUCCGGUGCCAGACCCGUUCCAGCCUCAAACAGAUCACCUGGGUGUUCUUCGCCCAGAACUUCUGCGUCCUCGUUGGAACCAUCAUUGGCGGGGUCUUCAAGAAAACGUUCUCCUGUUCGCUGAGUGCGCUGUUUGUCUCCACUCUGCUGAUAUCAGCUGUCUUCUCCAUCAUCCCCUUCUGCAGCAAUGUAAUCAUCCUUGCCUUUGUCCUGGCAGUGGCCGGGUUGGCCAUGGGCUGCAUAGACACCAUUGCUAACCUGCAACUGGUCCGGAUCUACCAGAAGGAUUCGCCUAUCUUCCUACAGGUCCUCCAUUUCUGUGUUGGCUUUGGUGCUUUCCUCAGCCCCAUGAUCGCAGACCCUUUCCUCUCUGAAACAAACUGUAUGCAGAACAACCUCACUGCAAAUGGGACCUCGGCUGACCUGGCGCACAUUCGAAAUUCCUUGAUAUCUCACCAUCUGAUGAAUCAGAGCAACGUUGUUCUGGCAACCAGUAGGCAUUUCGUCUCAAAUGUGUCCUAUGCAUUUUGGAUCAUGGCACUGAUCAAUUUACCCGUGCCUGUGGCCGUGCUUUUCCUGAUGUGCAAGCAGGGAUUCAGGGGCUGCUGUAGCAAGAAAAAUGCACCCCUCUUGCCAGCCGAGGAACUGCCCUCAGACCUGCAGAUGGACAGAUUAUCAACAAGGCAGGAGAUGACGUUAAAUGCCAAAGAGCCCGACAAUCUGACGAGUUGCCUCAAGGCUCUGUACCUUCAGCAAGCUCCCUGUACCUUCGUUUUCGUCCAUAUUGUAGGCGCCAUCGUACUCUUUAUGACAGAUGGGAUUUUGGGUGAGUACUCUGGGUUUGUGUACACCUAUGCUGUCGAGAAACCACUGUUCAUCGAGCCUCGGGUGGCAGGUUACCUCAGCAGCCUCUUCUGGGCCUCCAUUACUUUAGGGAGAUUGGCGUCAAUUCCAGUGUCUUGGAAACUGCGACCUGCAACCAUGGUGAUUAUAAACCUGGGUGGAAUCAUUGGCACAUUUGUCUUGAUGCUGUGUUUCCCAGUCAGCAUUGUUUGCCUUUAUGUUGGAACGGGACUUUUGGGCCUUUUCUUGAGUAGCACUUUCCCAAGUAUGUUGGCUUAUACUGAAGACAUCUUGAAUUACCAAGGAUGUGCGACAACUGUACUGGUGACAGGGGCAGGAGUUGGGGAGUUUGCCCUCCAGAUGCUGGUUGGAUCUAUUAUUCAGUCACCCGAAACUGAUAUAUUCCUUGUAUGUGGCCUUACCUUUGGAUGUCUUGCUCUUCUGUUCUACUUGGUUCUUCUCCUCGUACAUAGAUUACACAGUCUUCAGACCAUGACAGGACCCUCUAAAACACCCACGAUAUCGGAGUCCCAGUUUUCAUACCAGAGCUGAGGUUUAGCAAGCGGCCAGCCACUGUGAUGCACAGUCGACCUGGAAGGAUCCAGUGCAUCAUUGGAAUAGACUGACAGCCUGUGCUGACUUUAAUGGUGGACGCUGCUGCAACAGUCCAUUAGCAGCCUUCCCUACCAUCUUAGAAGUGGCACGGUCGCUUUUGUCUGCGCGUCUGAUGCAGCACACUGGUGUGUGUGUCUGCCGACAUCUCCCAGUGAGAAUGGACAAAGUAACAAUGAUCGUCUUAAUCAGCACUACAUGGGACUUGAGUUAGCAAGCAUGCUAUUUUUUUUAAGUAGAACUGUUUUAUUCAAAACAAAACACAUUUGAUUUGUUCAGGUUAAUUAAAUUUUUUGAUUUUUAUUUGUUAAAAACAAAAUGCCAAAUGUUUCAUUGAGAAAUCGAAUAUUUUGUUCCAAUUUCACUUGAAGUGAAAAUGAAGGCCAUAAACGUGGAAGACCUGGUUGCAAGCAUUCAGCAGGUAUUCUUUCACUCUUGUGCUCGGUUUGUGAAGAUUGAAAAUUAUGGGGUUGAUACCUCAGCCAAAGUUGGACUGCAUUCUGUCUGCUCAGGUGCCAAGUGACACUGGCCAGAUGACAUUUAUUGUCCAUUAGAGUUGUGUUUGGUCAACUGCACUAGUCAACCUUAUGGCAUGUGGUCACUGCCUGGAGUACCCCAUCAAACAUUACUGUGAUAGUAACCCCCAUUCCACAUUCUCUACCUUGUGUACAGUAGUUGGGAUUAGAUAUCAGAUCCCAGUUUUACCUGUGAUAGGUCACAAAACUGACAGAAGGACCAGCUUUUAAGACAAAAAAAUCCAUUGAGGGACGUAACUGAACAACAAAGUUUCUCUAAAAACCUUUUUGGCCAUUCUCCUUUCAUCGCUGGCAAGCAAACAUUCCCAGAUUUACUCAAUUCAGUUUUGCAUCCUGUCAUACCGGAAUUCGAACUCUCAACCUGUGUGAUGAAAGCCCAGUCCCGUAGUGGAGAGGAACAGGUGCCCAUGCAUAAACCAUUGGUGUCUUGGUUUUCAUCUGUUCUCCCACUAAGGAUAACAAUCUAAAAGUUUUAUAUCUCAAAAUAUUGCACAUACAAUGACAUGCAGUUCUAGGUGUAGUGUGGGAAAUGCGAUAUUCAGUUUAUGUUAACUAUGUUAUAUGCUAGUCUAUUUAUUUUUUUCUGGCAUUGGUUGAUGGAGUAUUAUCAGUCAAGUUAGUGAGGUAAUUCCUCGCUCUUCAUCAAAUAAUUCUGAAGGAAUGACUCGUUGCAUCGCCUAUCUGAGGAAUGUAUCUUCAGACAGUCGAGAGGACCCUCAGUACUGUUAUGGAAUGGUGGCCCAUUUGACGUGAUUGCAUCCUAACUGAGCUGGAAAAUGGCAACAUCCCAAAGACCCGGAGGGCUUCACAUGGAGGCUUCUGGUAAAAAUCAAGGACUAGAGGGAUUUGGCUCCAGAAUAGUCCCAUAUUAUAAGCACUUUUCUGCAAAAGUUCACAGCUAGUGUCAGUCUGAUAGUUUUUUGUGAAAACUGUCAUACCAUUUUAACCGUGAAAGAAUAUACUACAACAUUCCUUUCUUUAAAGUUAUAUUCAGAUGGAAUUUGUAUUUAUUAUUGACUCACCACAAAAUUGUAAUGAAUCCAUAUUUUCUGAGUUGGUCAUAUUCAUUUCACAUCAACUGGAGUUGGAGACAGUUGGAUGUGGAUUAAUUAAUCUCAUUCAAGGAAAGGCAAACUUGUAUAAUAAGAGAGGUUCCAUUGUGCUUUUGGGGUGAAGGUACACUCAUGUAUACACCAAAUGGAGCUCAAUUAAACUUAACUAAAGCAGUGCCCAGUAUAAGCUAACUUAAUACUGAGACAAGUGUAAAGAGACCAGUUAUAUCAUGAGUAUUAAAUUAUGGAAAUACCAUUUAAAACAUUUAAUUUCCACCCAACACCUCAUGGAAAUAUCCACUCUCCUUUGCUGUGUCCAAAGAAUAGGUUGAGGAUGAUAAAAACAGCCAUCCCCCUUUGUCUUAUAGAUUGUCCAGUCCUGAUGCACAGUGAUAGGAGUGACUUUCUUCAUUUUGCACCCCAGCCUUGUUAGAAGAACUGAGCUUGGAUUCACCAAUGCAUUUGCAAUUCAAAUUAUCUACGAGAACCAGUUGGAAAAAGUUUCCUUGUGGUUUAGGGUUAUAAGCCCUGAGGACUGGGCUCCUACCCCGUGACAGGUUCCUCUGCACUGCAAACUGGCUUACAGAUAUGCCAGUGGCAGUUUAUUGUUUUAUAAGGAAGCUGUUAUUGGAGGCUGGAUUCCACAAUUAAUUUAUUGGUCAACUUUCUCCCUGGCUCAAUGCACCAUUAAUUGGUUGAAGGACUGCAGAUGGAUUUCAAUGAUUGAUCCCAGGUGUGGAAUACAAAAGUAACAACUUACAUGGGGUUCUUAAAAACACAAACACGAGGACAUCUGCAGAUGCUGGAAAUUCAAGCAACACACAUCAAAGUUGCUGGUGAAUGCAGCAGGCCAGGCAGCAUCUCCAGGAAGAGGUACAGUCGACGUUUUGGGCCUGACGAAGGGUCUCAGCCCGAAACGUCGACUGUACCUCUUCCUAGAGAUGCUGCCUGGCCUGCUGUGUUCACCAGCAACUUUGUGUGUAACUUACAUGGGGUGGUGGCUGCAGGAAAGGAUUUUAUUGGGCUCAGUAGUGGUGGCAUUAUGCCUCAGUAAUGUGCCAAAAUAGCGAACAGCCUGUAAAAACACCUUCCAGGACACUCCAGAGCUGCUAGAUAAUUUAGUAUCUGUUUUAUUCUUUAACCCCUGUCGGGAUCCUAAAAGUUACAUUUUCAUUUUUGUUUUUAUCUGAAAAUGAGAUGAUUUGGUUUUAUUUAAAUGUGUCUUUUGUGAAAGCUAUUUUGAUUGAAUAACUCCUGAAGUUGGAUGUUAAUCAGCUGAUAAUUUGUACUUGUGUGCUCAGCAUUUGUCUGUGUUCUGACAAUUGAAGAAAUAGAUAAAAGAUAU